UAGACACACACACACGCGUAUACACACGUAGACACACAAGCGAGCAUAUCGUCCACUGGCCGUGGCGAUUUUCAGACGCGUUUAGCUCAGCUGGUUACUAGCUUGUUCGUCCGGUUAUUGUUUAUGUCGAUGCCCUCGGCUGUAUGGCCACGGCUACUACUGUAUCAACGUUGCUGUGUGUGCUGGGCUACUUGUUUUGAGCAACCACACUAGGAGCGGGGCUCAUUGUGGACAUUGGCGAUAAUUCGGGUUCAUGAUGCUCCAGAUAUGCCAUGCGCAUGCAUGCCUGUGUUAUCAUCGAGGCAGAAAACUGUAACAAAUCGAAAAAAUAGUAACGAGGAGUUUAAUUUGUAUCGUCGCCAAAGGUGAUUGUGGUCAUUGUCAACGGUUUCGUCAUAGUCAUCAACUUCGUCAUAGUGAACUGUUUCCAGUGUAAAUCACACUGCAAGUUGGACAGGGCUUUCAUGAACAUUGUAUAUCCGCAGGAAAUAAGACUUGUACAUACGUGGUUCCCCUAGUUGGAAUUCAUUGCAGUAACGCAAUCUAACACGCAUUCAGUUUGUAUGCAUGUUACUGAAUAUGAGACAGACGUAGAGGAUCGAUAAGCGUGUCCAUCUGCCACGGAUCAGAUAACCAGUGAUUAGUAUUCCUUCCCAAGUGGCUAAAAAAUGUGGUGAGUGGUUAAGCCCAGUCUGGGCUUUCGGUAGAUAGCGCGGUAGGGCAGCCCAGGCCUCUCUAUUAGGGGAAGUCGGCACCGGAAAACAUCGUGGAUAAAGUGAACGAGAAAUAAACCGUCCAUCGUCGAAUUUUAAGUCCAUGCCGGAGAGCUGAUUAAUUUUAAACAGGGGAAAGCAGACGAAGGAUCAUGAACUCCCAGGAAUCGGGAGAAAAUCCUUCGAUGGAACUCGGGGAGAGUUCGUCUGCUGCUACCGUUCCUCCUCAAUCUUCUGACGGCUUGGUCAAUCGACCUGCACAACGGCGUCGAAACCAACGCCGACAGGACUCGGAUGAGGAGUACAACACCCCCUCGUCAGGAUCAUCUGAUGUCUCGUCACUGGAGGCCGCAGCAACGGAGUUGGGGCAAGCGCCUACAGCUGGAGGAGACUCGUCGAACUCGACCGCUGGCUCAGCCUCCUCCUCAAUAUUAAGAAAACGGGCAAGCCGUUUUCUUACUAGGCCUCUCGGAAGUCCAUCGCGGAGUUCCAGUGCGUCAAGCCAAUAUAGUACUCCACCUGAAAGUGGACUAGAGGCGAGGCUGCGAAGGCAUCGCCCUCGCGCAAGUGGCCCUCCUAACGAGGAUGGCGCAGGUGAUGCCGCUGCUGCUGCAGAAAAUUCAAGUGAUGCCACGAGCGAUGGUGAGCAGCGAGCGGAGGGCGAACAUCAUAGCCUUGUGCUGGAAGCGAGACUUGCAACGGACUCGUCUCCAUCUCCAGACUGGUCCUCGGAUGACAAUCUCAAUCUAAAUCCUGACGAUCGAAACCAGAAUGAGGAUGCCACAAGGCGACCCCCAACAUUACAGGGUGCAAUACGAGGACCGCGGUGGCGCAGGAGAGCCACCACAGCUGAAGAGGAGGCCAAGUAUGAUACGACGCCUAAAUGCCCGCGACCCUGCCAUAAAUGGAAUGCUGUGGUUGAAAUGGACCGUCGAGGAACCUACGGAAAUCCGGGAGUUUUUCGAAAUCGUUGCUAUGGAAGUCUUCGCAGUGUUGAGCGUCUGGAAUUAAUGGCGAAAUUGGAUGGUCAUUGGGGCUGUGUUAAUUCAGUGAGCUUUUGCCCUGAGGGCCAUUUGCUUGCGUCCGGUUCGGAUGAUCUUCAUUGUAUGAUCUGGGAAUGGCAAAGGAACCGGGCGCUAUUAGUGUUCGAAACAGGCCACCGAAGCAAUGUAUUUCAGAGCAAGUUUCUACCAAAUCGAAAUAACACCGCCAUUGUUACAGCGGCUCGGGACGGCGCAGUCAGGUUACACGAGCUCUGUGACGGUGGAAGUGCUGUGGAAUCGUCGAGGAAGAUUGCCUAUCACCGGGGCCCGGUGCAUAAAGUUGCCAUGCACUAUUCGAUGCAAGAAACGUUAAUGUCAACAGGAGAAGACGGUGUUGUCAAUGAAAUUGAUCUACGACUGCCAAAUCCAAACACUCUGUUAACCGUCGAAGAUGACAGGCCGGACACUAUAGGCCUGUACAGUAUUGCAAUCAAUCCGUGUCGUCCGUUUGAAUUCUGUAUUGCUGGCCUUGAUCCUUACGUGCGAGUCUACGAUCGUCGGAAUGUCAAGAUAAGCGAGACUGUGCGCAAACUCUGCCCUAACCAUUUAGCUGGUGCGCGGACAUCGAACUUGGCAGUGUCCUGUGCUGUGUACAAUUUUGACGGGAGCGAAAUAUUGGCUACUUACAGCGAUGAAGAUAUUUAUAUAUUCAAUAAUCAUCCACCGCACAAUGACGCGGAUCAGGAUUUCCUGCAUCGAUUCCAAGGCCAUCGAAAUAAUCAAACUGUUAAGAGCGUAAAUUAUUUUGGUCUGCGAAGCGAGUACGUCGUCUCCGGCUCAGACUGCGGCCAUAUCUUUUUGUGGGACAAGAAAACGGCGCACAUCGUAAACUAUCUGCAUGGCGACGAGGGUGGUGUCGUAAACGUUCUCGAGCCAAAUCCAUGUGCACCCUAUCUAGCUACUUCAGGCUUUGACCACAACGUGAAGAUUUGGGCUCCUUCGGCCGACGAACCGCCCGACCUAACGCAAGUUCGCAUGCACACCAUGGAAAACAUCCGUCAGCGUGAAAUGGAGGUGCGCCGCAGUGAAGAAUAUUGUAAGUGCAAAUUUACGAUACGAUAUUAGCUAACAAACAGUUAAGUGAAGAAUAUGCAAUGCGUAAUUUGUGUAAUUAGAUAGAGAUGUGCGCCUAAAAUAUCAAUAAUAAGAUUUCGAGGUUAAUACAGUUAAAAUCAGUAUAUAAGAUGCUGUCUAAUGCCAAAUAAUUCACAGGUUUACUGUUGGUAUACGAUGUGUUACUUAAUAUGUAUUAUGUAUAUUACAUAUCAUGCAAGCCAAGAACGACGGAAGUUUUGAUCUCAUAUUCAUUGACAAAAAUCAGAUAAUAGCUUCCGCAGAGCAUAGUGCUAAACUACGACUAAAAUUUACGCUAGCCAUCAGCUGUUUUUUAGAAAACGGCGUUACAUUUUUUAGGUUUCGGAUGCUCAUAAAUUAAAAAUGAGCAACCUUUUUAUCUUAUCCGGCACUUGCGUGAUCAUUUGUACUGAUUUUUUAGAAAGUUACCAGAAACCUUAUCGAACACUAAAAUUUGACGGAUUUAAAUUUUUAAAAAUAUUUCACCAUCUUUUAAAAAACAUUUUUUAUUUUAAAAACUAAACUUUUAUAUAAACAAAUAUUUUAAUCUUAACUGUUUAACCGCAGCUACUCGCACAGAUUUAGCCAGUCAAUUCUCAUUAUUAUUUAUAAUAUUAAAAUUUACUCUCUAACAUAAAUUUUCUUGUUAUAAAGAUCUUAAUCUGCUAGACCUGUGCCGCCAACACAAUCAUCACGAAAAAAAUCCUUCCUAAUUUCAAAAAUAAAAAUAAAUAAAAACAGAAGUAACUUACAAAGGAACUUAUUUUCA